GCUGCCUGCGGCGGGGAGAAGAGCCGCGCGUAGGCCGUCGCCGCCUCAGCUGCCUUCCCCGCAGUGACCCGCGAUUCCCGGCUGCCCCCUGCUGGGCCCCGCCGCCCCGCCAUGUGACCCGGGCGGUGACAGAGCACUUUUAUCUGCUUAGUCAUCGUUCCCCUCCUCCUCCUCCCUCCCCUGCCGCCCCGGGAGAGCUCCCGCGAGCCUUCCCGCGCCUCCGCAGCCCAGCCGAGGAGCACGGAAGGGCGACGGCAGCAGCGCCAGGCUCCGGACGCUUCCAUGGGGACCGAGAGCGGCAGCGGCAGCGGCGGCGGCGGCGGAGCCGGCGCCUUGCUGGGGCACGCGGGCACCCUCAACCUGCAGACGGGCAACCUGCUCAACUGGGGCCGCCUGCGGAAGAAAUGCCCGGCCACCCCGAGCGAAGAGCUGCGGGAUUGCAUUCAGAAAACCAUAAAUGAAUGGAGUUCAAAGAUCAGCCCUGAUCUAAUGCAUGAGAGGCCAGAAACCCUGGACUGCACUCUUGCUCAGGCAAUAGAAAAGAUCAGUCCUGAAGAAAGAGACGAGUUGAAAGUGUCAGCAAAACUAUUUAUUGCAGGAUCAAAUUGUUCCUCCAUCAGAGAAGCAGUUGAUAUGACAUGUUCUGCCCUUGGUGUUGACCAGUUGGAUUCUGUGAUCAUUGCCCCCCCUCCAAUUGAAGAUGGAAUUAAUCUAUCUUUAGAAUAUUUACAACCUUACUGGACAGAACUUGAAAAUUUAGUUCAAAACAAAAAGAUUGCUGCCAUAGGGACUUCUGAUUUAGAUAAAACACUGUUGGAGCAACUAUUCUUGUGGGCACAGGUGAAACCAAGCAGUAACCAGGUGAAUCUUGCUUCCUGUUGUGUGAUGCCACCAGAUCUGACUGCAUUUGCAAAAGAAUUUGAUAUCCAGCUGUUAACACAUAAUGAUCCAAAAGAACUGCUUUGUGAAGCAAGCUUUCAAGAAACACUUCAGGAAAGUAUUCCAGAUUCCCAAGCUCAUGAAUGGACUCCAGCGUGGCUUCUACGAUAUUCAGUAAUUGUGAAAAGUAGAGGAAUUAUCAAAUCCAAAGGCUACAUCCUGCAGGCUAAAAGAAUCUCACCAUCUUAAGAUUGAUUCUAAACUUGCCCACUUCUGAGAGAACGUUUCUAUACUAGGUAUUGCACUAAGGUGCAAACUGGAAUUUGUAAAGACCAAAAUUUCUUAUCAUAGACACCAUAGUUGUCUGUCCGUUUUUCUUUCUGAUAUGUGUUCUGUCCUGAGAUCAGUAUGCUCAUAUGUGAAAUUUUGUUUUUAAUAUUUUUGCUAAUUUACAGAUGAUAUAUGCAUAAAAUAUUUGGAAUAUUUUACGGACUAAUAUAAACUAAAAAUCUGACUAGGUAUAUUUUGAUUGAAACAUUUUUAUUUGCAAGGAAUAAUGUUAACUUGUUAAACCUUACUGCUGCUGAGUUGAUGCAGAAUAAAUUUAGAAACACUGGUAGAAUAGGCAAUUUCCAAUAUAGGCCAGUGAUACGAAACUAAGUUCCUGCAAGCAAAUUGCUUAGAUGAAUGUACUGUAACUUAAUUCCCACCACCCCCAGAAGAAAAUCAUACGACAAGAGACCUUUUACAUGGCCUUGUAUAACUUUAUUUUCUGUUGUUUUGUGCCACAUUCUUCUCGGCAUGUAUCCAGGAAAUAGCAUAUUUCUGUUGGAAUUGGGAAGUACUAGUCAAAGAGAAUUAACUUUGCUUGCUUUGCCUGAUUUCUAUUUUGAGAACCAUAAAAGAAUGAGUGUAUGUUAGAUUUAAAAAAAAAAACUCAUCAUUGUACGCAGGGGUAUCAGGCAAAUCUGAGAAACUUAAAGAUAAGUGCUAUCUUUAAAAGUGAACCAGAGAUAGCUAAGUAACACAGAAGUUGAUUUUUUUAAAAAAAUUGUUAGAAUGAGUUUGGUGUAUGCUGUUGACUACUUGGUCUAAAGAAACUACUCUAUUGGUCUACUGUUAGUCGUCUAAUUUUUCAUCUGGCUUAUAGCCAAACAAACUCUUAACGAGGUUUACAUACAAAGACAUUUGGAUGUAAUUUUAUAGGAUUGCUACCUGCUAGAUGGAAUCCUUUCAUCCCUGAGGCUUUCAAAUCUCAUAUGCUCUGCCUGACUGCUGCUGCCAGAAUAGGAGCAGCAAAAGAGGCAAUUUUUAAAUCUGUUUUCCUGUUUAGUUUCUUCUGGGUGGACCUGUAAGCCCAUCUAAAGUUGCACUGCUAGGGUUGGAGAAGCCACAGAAUAGGGCAGGCCCCAAACUCUCCCCUCCCCAUUCAUCAGAAUGCCUCCUUUUUGACCUCUGCGAGGUUAUCCAAGCUUACCUUGAAGAGCUGAUCCUAUUGUUCUUUCUGUGGCUGGGAUGAGGAGGAAUCAGAUCUUAGAGUCCCCCUCCCCAUCCCAAAAUCAUAGUGGCUACUGUUUUGAGAAGAGAAAUACGAAAAAUCCCAUGUCCCUGGAUCACUCUCCCAGGAACCAUGGGAUUGCUAAGCCUUGUGCCACUUCAAGAAGUUGAAAAUUUGUAUUUGUAUCAGUGCACUAGUGAACAGUUUAAUGUGCAGUGAUGAAUUUUAUCUGGAGUCUAAAGUUUUGCAUUCUUAAAAAAAUAUUGCCAUAGGCAGCUGGAUAGAAUGCUUUUUAUUAUUCAUUGUAUCAUAGUCCCAUAUUUCAAGGCAUUCCAGUGGUUAAAUUCUUCAUGCUUUUUCAGAUGAUUUUGAAUAAAGGUGGUGAUUGGUUCCUAAACUACUUUAAGCAAGCAGUGGAUAUCCUAGAUUUCAAGUUAUUCUGAAUUAAGUUGCUUUGAAAUAAUUAAGUUAUUAAUGAUUAGUAAUGCAUGAAGCCUUAUGCCCAAGUUACUUGCCAAGAGUCUGGGAAAACUAAUAGAAUGGACUAAAGGUGUGAACCUGUCUAUGUUUAAAAAGAAACCUAUUGCUGGCUGGGGAGUCUCAGGAGUUUUUCUGAGCGUACAUGCGAUUGUGCCCUUUAUUCAAACCUGCCCAUCAGGAUUCCGGAGUAAACUUUGAAUUGCUGCUUAAAUAGAACAAUUCUAGAGAUACUGAUUGAAAAUAGUAUAAAUAUUGAAUGUGCAGAAAAAGCUUGUUUAGGCAAAAUAUGGAUUGGAAUAUGAAACUGUAGAACCUGCAGUUUUAUGUUGUCUUCAGAAUAACGGAUUAUUUAAAUUUCUGUACUAAAUGAGUUUUUUACUAGUUUGUUUUUAAAGAAAGCUUGCUUUACAGAAAUAUGCUGUUACUCAUUUGCACCUGUGCAAACUCCCAGGUUCUGUUGAACUUUGGGAGUGGAAAAUAAAGAUUUUAAUUGCAUUUUUAAAA